AUGGACGAUAUGGACCAUCAGAACGAUGACAGUUUCAGAGCCGGAGAGCGUAUAGAUGAAGAAGCAUAUUAUGAUUGCCUUGAAGUCGAUGACAAAUCCGAUAAGUUGGGUGAGAUUUGGUUCCCACAGAAAAAGAAUUAUACUAUUCUGAAGCAAGAAGAAGUUGCCAAACUUCAGGAGGAUGAUAUUGCAAAAGCGUCCACUUUUCUUUCGGUAUCAAAAUCUGAUGCAUGCUUACUGCUCCUUCACUCGAAUUGGAGGACCGAUAAUCUCACCGAUGCAUGGUUUGCUGAUGAAAAUAAAAUCCGCGAAAAAGCUGGCUUGUUGAAGAAACCCCUACUGGAUAAUGCCGGUGAAGAUCUAAUAAGCAGUAGUUGCCGACUAUGUUCAUAUAGUAAUAGUAGUAAUAUCUCAGCUUCUUGCGGUCAUCCUUUUUGUGGAGAUUGCUGGACAGGUUACAUAACAAAAUUAAUCAAUGAGGAGGGUCCUGCAUGUUUGGUUUUGAGAUGUCCUGAACCCGAUUGUAGUGCAGUGGUUGGACCUGAUUUAGUCCAAAACGUAAUGUUGGCCACAAACCAAGAAGAUGAAUGUUAUAAGAGGUACAAGCAUUACCUAUUGAGAUCUUAUUUAGAAGAUCGCAAGUUGAUCAAGUGGUGUCCUGCUCCGGAUUGUAACUCCGCUAUUAGGUUGGAUGCUGGUGGUUCUAGUACUAGUUGCUAUCAUGUCUCGUGUGUUUGCUCUCGUAGUUAUUGCUGGAACUGUGAGGAGGAGGAGAAUCAUCGUCCCGUGGACUGCCAAACUGCAGGGAAGUGGAUUUCGAAUAUAUUAGAAUCCGUGCAUUACCAGCGCUGGCAAAACCACGGAAAAUCAAAGGAAAAAGCUCUUGAAGUAUUUGACGAGGUGAAGACGACCGUGCAUCAAGAAUUAUUAGAAGGGCACGAGUUGGAUUUUUUGUUAGAGGCAUGCAAACAGAUGAUUGAAUGCAGGCAGGUAUUGCGAUGGAUUGUUGUGUACGAUUACUACAACAUGAGUGAUCAUGAGGCGCAGCAUCCUAAACGGAAGCUAUUCGAGUGCUUGCAAGGCCAUGCGGAGUUCAGCGUAAAGAAGCUUGAGAACCAAGUGCAACAGUUUCUCAUCUUGGCUAAUAGUGAUCCCUCCUCAUCCUCAUCAGUAGUGGAAAAGAAGGGCUUUGCAGACUUUCGUGUAAGACUCCAAGACCUUACAAAUAUGACAGCGACCUAUUUUAAGAACCUGGUUAGGGCAUUAGAGCAUGGGCUUCCAGAGACAUGCUGCGAAGGAGCUAGUUGGUCUUGUGAGCGCUGUACUUAUAUCAAUGCAAUGUCUUCCGUUAAAUGUGGGAUGUGUACUGCACACAUUCCAGAGGGCGCCGGUUACUGGUCUUGUGACAAGUGCACCUAUUUCAAUCCUGCGUCCAGCACCGGCUGA